GCCAAAAAUGCCUCUUCACCGAUUCUAUUACGCAAAGGGUCUUUUCUCUGCCCAGGACAAGCAAGAAAUUGCAGAACGUAUUACCAAGAUUUACACUGGCUACGACCUACCGGCCUUUUACGUCGAUGUCAUAUUCAUUGAAGUUUCUGAAGAUUCAAUUUUCAUCAGCGGUAAACCUGCACCCAAAUUUGUUCGCGUCGUCAGUCAGCAUCUGGCCAGAACCAUGGCCUCAUAUGAAGUCAAGCAGGCUGUACUGGAUCAGCUUGAGGCGGCGUUUGGCCCUUAUGUCAAGGACAGAGGAUUAGACUGGGAGAUCCAUAUCGAAGAGCACGAGAGAGAGUUGUGGCGUACCCAAGGUAUCAACCCACCCAUGCCCAACACUGAUGCUGAGAAGUUGUGGGUUAAAGAAAAUAGAGCCAUUCCAUUCGAGUAAUCAAAGGUCUUCCACGUUAUAGAGUACGAUCUGACAUAGUACUUUAUAACGCUUUACCCUACUAUUUCUCAAGUAUUUCUCACCUAUCUAACUUGGAAAAUAAAGUAACUUAUGAAUAACAC